GAUCCCUUGCAGUUACUUUCCAUGCAGGUUUCGGAGCAGCGCUGAGGCAUCAUCCCGUUGUCUGCGGGCGUUAGGGACGGAUCCGCCGCUGCGCUCGUUUUUGGGACCUCUAGUAUGAGAACUUCCAUCCCAGCUCCUUUGAUUUCUUUCAUUCUCAUUUUUGAUCAUUUUCUUAAUUUUGACCAUCCGACCUCAUUGCUUCGCCCUUCUCAUUUUUCUGCUGCUGUCACCCACAGUUUGUUGCUCAGCACCAGCGCCAGCUGAAAGGAGAACAUCUCACCAUUUCACCACCAGCCAUCGCUGUCCUUUUCUCUGCUGCUGCUCUGGAUUUUGGCGUGCGUUGCUGGACUAUAACGCAGGGGGAUUUAUAUUUGUAUUGAUUUCCGUCUGCCGCCCGGCCCGCAGCGGACACCGCCACUGUUGCUCUCUGGGGGAUGUAUUCCAGUGGGGUGAAGUCUGCGCUCUGAGCAGGGGAGAAUAUCUACGCACUGUCCGCUGAAUGAACUACUGCCGUGCGCCUUUGGUUUUUUGGAGCAGGUCUCUCAUCUGGAGAUGCUCUAGUACGUCUGAUCGGGGUUUGUGGUCCGUGCGCAUCCCCACUGGAUCGGGAUAUAAGGUGAAGAAAUUGCCGCGGUCAGCCUUUCUGGAGCGCUUGUCCUCCGAUUGAUUUUUUUGUGGACAUAUUUGGUUAUUUUGAGAAGGGUCGUGCACUCACCCGGAGGCGCGCAGGCUAACCAUGGGGGACUCGAUGUGGAGAUAUUAUUUUGGAGUUUUGUUUAUUGCCUUUAAAGUGGACUUGUGCCGGGCGCUCAUCCUGGAGUCCAUCUACUGGAACACAACAAAUACCAAAUUCGUGCCAGGCCAAGGCGUGGUAUUGUACCCCCAGAUCGGGGAUAAGUUGGACAUUGUGUGCCCCCGCGUGGAUGGCGGGGUGGGCGAUGGCGUGGAGUAUUACAAAGUGUACAUGGUUCCCAAGGAGCAGCUGGAGAGCUGCACCAUCACCAAGGCCGACACGCCGCUCCUCAACUGCGUCAAGCCCGAUCAGGACGUCAAGUUCACCCUCAAGUUUCAGGAGUUCAGCCCCAAUCUAUGGGGCCUGGAGUUCUUCAGGGGGAAAGACUACUACAUCAUCUCUACAUCUAAUGGCACCAUGGAGGGCAUCGACAACCAGGAGGGGGGAGUGUGCAAGACCAAGUCCAUGAAGAUAAUCAUGAAAGUGGGACAAAAUCCCUCUGACCCUAUUUCACCAAAAGACAACCCCACCAGAGUACCCUACUCUCCCAAGCAUUCAGAUGGAAAGGAGACCUACAACCCCAACGAUGUGCUGGAGAAACCAGGUGUAGCGCCCAGAGAAAGCAAUGAGAACGACAACGGUGGAAAGUCCUCCAGCGUCAUCGGCUCCGAGGUGGCCAUCUUCGUUGGCAUCGCUUCAGGCAGCGUCAUUUUUAUCAUCAUCAUCAUCAUGCUGGUCCUGCUGCUACUCAAGUACCGGCGGCGGCAUCGCAAGCACUCGCCGCAGCACGCAGCCACUCUGUCUCUAAGCACCCUGGCCACGCCCAAACGGAGCGGAGGCAGUGGGAACAAUAACGGCUCGGAGCCCAGCGACAUCAUCAUCCCGCUCAGGACUGCUGACAGCGUCUUCUGCCCGCACUACGAGAAGGUCAGCGGCGACUACGGCCACCCGGUCUACAUAGUUCAGGAGAUGCCGCCUCAGAGCCCGGCCAACAUCUAUUAUAAAGUCUGAGGUGGAACUGGAGAUGAACUGCAACAAUCCGGGCAGAGCGGGUUUUUGGUUUCAGCUGGCACCGCCAGCACUCCCGCAAACACUCUUGCUCUUUCUCUCUCUGUCUCUCUCACUCUGUCGACUUCUCCUCCUCUCCUCUGAUGUUUUGUCACUAUUUUUUUCUUUAUCAAAGUUUUGCUGAUACCUUGUCAGUCUGGUUUGGUCACAGUCGGUGCGGAUGGGAUGGGUGGGGGGCCGGAGAGAAGGCUACUUCUUCCACUGCUGCUGGUCUCUGGGGCUCUUGGAAAAUAGAGAGGACCCCGUCUUUCCCCAAUGUUGCUCCCUGUUUUGUUUUGUGCACUGCGGCCAUCAUUUUGGGGGAACUGAGUGUUAUGGGAUCAGAAAGUUAGACAGAUGCACAGCGUGUUUUUUCUUUUUCUUGGAUGGACGGACAGACAGAUGUAUGGACAUGAAGGUUUCCUGGCAUGAGAGGAGGGGAAGGAAUUUUUGGCCUCACCAUAAGAGAGACUACUGCUUGGAAAAAGAGAGGGAAAGAGACAAAAACGAGUGAGGAGAGGUAAAGGAGGAUAUGGGCUGACCAUGAACAUACAAAAUGGCUGCCCUCCCUUGAUGCUCACUAGCCAGAGAGACUCUGUGGAUUUAUAAGCCGGAAGAGCAAAAAGGAGAGAGAUUCUCACACCGAUCCUCUCUGGGACUUUCCUGACUGACUCACAGAGAUCACCCAUUCACCCUGCCACCCACAUGCUCACCAUCACAUAUACACACAUUCACCCACACGCACAGACACACUGUCUCACUGGGUAAUGUGGGUUUGGGUUUAAGUGUGGAUUGCACCAUUUCUCCUCAUUCCCAGAUAUGUUUUACAACAAAUCACUUUCAGAUAUUACUUGAAAAAAAAAAAUUUUUUUUUGUACUGUCAACAGUUACUGAUCUUGUUUUUGGUCGUAUCUGGUUUUCAUAUCCUGGUGUAAAUGCAGAUAGACGGUUUUCUUUUCCUUUAGUGACAUGUCAUAUCACAUGUGACGUUCAAACACAAGCGACCCAACAGUGGCUAGGAGUGGCGGGAGCGUGAAAAGAAGGAGUGAGGACUUUUUCAAUUUUGCGCCCUCUCACUAGGGAAUAGGGUGCAUGUCAGGUCUGCCCAGGUGGCUCCUGGGAAGAGUGGAGGACUUUCAUAUACAUAGUGCAGCACUUUUAACCCUUUUUUGGUACCUCCACUCUUCGCAGCCAUCAGAGAGAGACACAGUGAUAGCUAGAGAUGGGAGAGCAGCUGUAUCCCGUCAGAUUUAGAUGUGAGGGCUUGCCUCAACUUCUCUAGAACCCAGGCUUUUCACACGGGAAAGUGUUAGGGGCAAUAAGAAAUCCAACUCGCCUUACUGCCGUUUUUUCGCAUCAGGUGAAGAAGAGUCCCGAGAUCUAGGUGAGGUUAGCAUAGCUGUCUGAAACAGCUCUAGGUACUGUAAUGUUUACCCCUAGGGGUCCAGUGAUGAUGAAGGGUGCCCUAAGGGCCCAAAAUCAGCGUGACCGGUGCUCUCCUAUUCCUGCUCAAAAAAAAAGCACAGGGACAUCUACUUACAUUGUCACUGUUUCUCAAUCUCCAUUAGCAUUUCCAUAGUGUGAGUUUUUGAUUUACUUCUUUUUUUUGUACAAAAUGGAUGUACAUUUAAAAAAAGGACAUUACAAAGAUGAAAAAAAAUAAAUAAAUAAAAAGCAGAAUUUAUUUAUGAUAGACACAUAGAGCACAGGUGUUGUCAGGCGGUAAUGAGAAGAAGAAGUAAUGUUAAUAUAUUAUGGUAUAAGUGCACAUUAUGCAAUCUAGGUUUUUGAUUAUUUGAUAUCUCUCGGCCCACUGAGUCCCAUAUUUUCACGAGCUCUCGUCCACAGCUACAGGGCUCGGUCCUGGGAAGGAGAACCAGGGGAGGGCGGCCUGGGCCCCGGCCCCGAUGGAAGUAGAGUUAUCUGACCCAAAAAAGCUCACAUUGGUGUACACAAGGGCAGAGUAGCUGUGUCUCCCACACUCACUCAGUGUAGCAUCUCCCAAAGGAUAGUUCCCAUGAACACCCAGUGCCCCUGAUUCUCCCCAUACACACCCUUCAUGUUCUCUGUGCAUGUGUGUACGUGUGUGUGUGUGCGCGUGUUGAGAAAGUCUAUAUUUCAGUGACUUCACAUUCAUUAAUAUCUUUGGCUUAGGAUCAUAAUUGUGACCUAAGCUGUCCCCCGAGCAUGUAUCAGCCCAUCACCAACAUCGUCAUUUGCUCGUAAAGAACAUCAAAUUUCACCGAAAAGCCAAGCCUUGUAUGAUCUGAGGUUUGUGCCUCUAAGAGGCUACAAAAUCUGCAAAUAUGCAAUUCUUAUUUAUUUUUUUAAUCAAUUCUGAGAAAAAAAAACACCUAUGGAAAGUGUUCUUAACCACUGAAAGAUGUAACAACAAGCAAAUGACACAAAACUAGCAAAGUACGUCACACAAACCUGCUGUUAGUUUUAUUUCCUGCAUUAUUUGUAGUAUUAUUUUAACCUUUUCUGUUUUAACUAUGUGCCGUAGUACAAAGGUAAACUGUGAAAAAUGAAACCAUUAAAACGCAUAUAUAUCACACCUGAACAGGUAUUUAAGAAAAGAUGAAAAAAAGACACACACAUACAACACAGAAAUGGCUGUUUAGUUGCUGUCUGUCUGCGGCAGAAUAUGACAAUCUUAUUAGUUUCUUUGAAUCUGACGUCCUUUUCUUAGCUGCCGCUCGACUAACGCUCUCCCAACGUUGACCAGGUUCGGUUCAACCUGUUAUGAAAUGUCGUAGCGAUGCUGUGAGAGUGUUAGCACGCGUGCUAGGAGAAGCACCUCAGGCUUCUGUAAAAUGCCUUGCUCGUAUGGUCAGCCCUUGGUCACUUGACUCAGUAAUUUUGCACCGUACUUCUGUAGGUAAGAAACUGUAAAUACAUUAAUGUUUGUAUUGUAUAUGGAUCCUGGGUUGUUACAAUAGCCUUAUUCACCUUUUUAGGAAAGUAAAUGGGGGAAAAAAGUACAGAAAAAAUGGAAUACACUUCAGUAAAACAGAGCAUACUACUUUUUUGGUAAAUAGCUUAUGUAAAUAUUGACCAGAACCCAAUAAAAACAUUUUUUAUAAACUCUUAAAGUAAGAUGUUUUGUAUAAAAUUUGAAUUUUUUGCUAUGUAUUUUAGCUAGCGCUCGAUGGAAAGCCCGUGUCCUCCCACUCCCUCCCCUUUUGCACUGUUUCCAUGGUAAUUUGGUUUAAAAAAAAAUGAGAGAAAAGUUGCCAAACCGACUGCUGCAUAUUUGUGCCAUAAGUGUGUACCAUAAAUAUUUAUUGAAUUAGUUUCUUUUUUCUUUUUUGUUCUGUUUAUGAUUUAAUUUCAGUCCAGUUUGUAAGUAACACAGUAUUAUAUUUGCAUUGUUUUUUUGUCUACCCCUGGAUUUCUUUAGUCAUGUCAUGGUUAUCGGGUGGCUGUAGCCCUGCUCUCCCUUUCCUUGCAGUAGGAGAUGGCCAGGCUGUGAAAAAUGGUUUUAACAUUCAACAAUUUAAAACAAGUUCAAAGUGAGGAUAAAUGACACACAUUCCACCAGUCUGUUACAAACUGAAAAUGUUUUUCAAUAAAAUGUUUUUCCUAUGGA